UCGAGCACAGCUGCAGGGAGGGAGGACAAGCUGUAGACAUGUGGAUUACGUUAACCUGCGUGCUGUGCUGCCUUUGGCUGCAGGACCCUCUCCACAUGGGACUGACUGUGGAUGGGCAACAGACAGAUAUGGAUCACCUGUUAGAGAGGAGCCCUUUCGACCACACCCAUCAAGAUGCUUCAGACCAAAGUCACGGCGUUAUACUUGUUGAUGAACCUCACAUCCUGUUGCCCACUAACAAUGCAGACAGAAGAGUUCAUGACAUUGAAUCCUCCCCAAACAUCCAAAUGUUAGAUGAAAUGCCUGAUUCACUGACUGAGGUGUCUGAGGUGAAAGCGCAGAAUGUUACUUUGCUGAUGGACAAAAACAUGAUACCACCGAUGACAUCCAACGGCCACUGGGAGACAAACAGUCACACAAGACACAUUGAGGAAGAGCAGCAAUCAGGUUCGCAGCACAGGGAGUCAUUGCCAUCUGUACUUGCUGUUGGAACAGGGAACAUUAUCUACGGAUCUGACCGGAGAAUCUACCGGAUCCACAAAGGCCCUUCUGGUCCAAUCGGACCACAGGGAAGAAGGGGAUGUGCUGGGAGAGAAGGCUAUGUUGGCGUUAAAGGUGACAAGGGCUCUCAAGGUAUUCCAGGUCUGGGUGGGAGGACAGGAGAUCCAGGACCUCCAGGACCUCCAGGUCUUCCCACUCUUUACCUAUAUAGGAACUCUGAAGAGGACUGGACUGCUUUUAGGAGAUCAGCCCUCUAUCAGAUGCUCAGAGCUGGCUGGCCGGUGAUGCCUGGCCCACCUGGACCCGUGGGUGAAAUGGGCAAACCUGGCCCUCCAGGUAUUCCUGGAGAUUCAGGGAGCAGAGGGAUACCAGGACAGAGAGGAGACAUGGGUCAGCCUGGGCCAAAGGGUGUCCCUGGCAAUUCAGGCAGGUGGGGCAGGAAUGGCAAUCAAGGAGUGGAUGGCCGUCAUGGGCCACCAGGACUACCUGGGCUGCGGGGUCCCAGAGGUUUCAAAGGAGAAAGCGCUUCACCAGGGGAGAAAGGUGAUGAGGGUUUCACUGGUGAGCCUGGACCGAGUGGAGACAGAGGGAGAGCUGGGGAAAAGGGAUUUAAAGGGGAGCCAGGAGAAGAUGGACGUGUUGGCCCUCCUGGUCUUUUAGGUAAAAGAGGCAUUCAGGGGAUUCCUGGACCUCCGGGGCCACAGGGAGACUCUGGACAUGAUGGAAUGAAGGGUCCUCCAGGACCAGUGGGGCCACCAGGGGCCACAGGCGGGAUAGGACCACCUGGGCUGAAUGGGUCUGAGGGGGAUCCAGGUCCAAGUGGUCCACGAGGUCGUAAAGGCCCCCCAGGACCGGCAGGAUUAGCAGGAGAGACAGGGUCACCUGGACCACGAGGGACUCAGGGUUUAUCCGGCAAUGAUGGCCCUCUUGGUCAAAAAGGGGAUGUGGGUGAAGUAGGGCCUAUGGGAAAAAAGGGAUUUCCUGGCAAUGAAGGGCCCAUGGGGAUGUCUGGAAGUCUGGGUCCUAAAGGAUUUGCAGGAGGCACAGGCUUCAGAGGACUGGAUGGUGACAAAGGAGAGGCUGGACCCAAAGGAGACAGAGGCCCACCAGGUGCUGCAGGCAUCCAGGGCCGUCAGGGAGAGAGGGGGGAACGUGGCAGCACAGGUCCUCAGGGGGUGAGAGGUCAACCUGGGCCCCGAGGAAAAGAGGGCGAAGAUGGCGAGGCUGGUGUCCAGGGAGUGGUUGGGAAACAGGGGCCAAAGGGCAGCAGAGGGCCCCCAGGACAAAAUGGGAAUUUAGGACUCAAAGGGCCAAGGGGUCGCACAGGACUCCUUGGCCCGUUUGGUCUACCUGGCAUGGCGGGUUUUAGAGGCAGAGUUGGGAUUGUGGGACCAGAAGGAAAGCCUGGUACACAGGGUGGUCCUGGUUCUGUUGGCUCUCCUGGCCCUGAAGGUGACAAAGGGUUUCCAGGUGUGGCUGGAGAUCCAGGGCAGGCAGGUUCUCCAGGAGCUCCGGGUCCUGCUGGAAAGCCAGGCCCAGAUGGGAUCCCUGGACCAUCUGGGGAGAGGGGCUUCACAGGGAAACCAGGGUUGAUGGGCCCCCAGGGUCCAGUCGGCAUGUAUGGUUACACUGGAGCAGUGGGUCAGACUGGGAAGCCAGGCCACAUGGGGCAAAGGGGAGAUGCGGGUGUACGGGGUCCUCCUGGUAUCCCAGGAAAGAUUGGACUUGCAGGUCUGCAGGGCCCUCCCGGUGAUAAAGGGCCUCCGGGACCAAAGGGCCGUCAAGGAGAGUUGGGACCCAAAGGCGUUCGGGGACUACCAGGUCCUCCAGGCCAGUCAGGACCAGUUGGUGGCAUGGGGAGCCAUGGUCCUCUAGGGAGCCAGGGGCCUCCCGGGCCACUGGGGUCUGCUGGACCUAGAGGGUUUCCAGGAACACCAGGCAUCAUUGGAAUAAUGGGUCAGACUGGAGAGAAAGGAGAGCAGGGGGCAGGUGGUCCUGCAGGUAAUAUCGGUGCUCCAGGUCCAGAUGGUCCGCAGGGUCCCCCAGGGCCAGCAGGUGAAGAAGGGACUCCUGGAAAAAAAGGUGACCAGGGAGCCCUGGGCCCCCAAGGACAACCAGGGCUCAAGGGACCGAAGGGAGAGCCAGGACCUCGGGGCUCCCAGGGGCUGCAGGGUGAGCCAGGGCAGAUGGGCAAAGAGGGAGAUAUUGGAGAGCCAGGCAUUCCUGGGGGUCCAGGUGUUAAAGGAAAUAAGGGAGAUGUGGGAAAUCGAGGCCUAUUAGGAUCAGAGGGGCCUCCAGGAGUCCCAGGAACACAAGGACCAAGACUGUCAAAAGGAGUAAAGGGAUAUGCAGGCUUAAUGGGUCAAGGGGGCCUGAUGGGGAAGGUUGGACCGUUAGGCUUAUUAGGACAACAGGGUUUCCCAGGUAUUUUUGGGACUGCAGGAUCUGAUGGGCCACCAGGACAGAAGGGAGACAAAGGUCCUGCUGGUUUGACUGGGGAGCCAGGGACUCCAGGUCCUAAGGGUGUGGCAGGAAGCCUAGGUGUGAAAGGUGACAUGGGAAAGCCUGGACCAGUGGGGUCUAUAGGAAUCACAGGACGACUAGGUGAUCCUGGUCUCAAGGGCUUUUCUGGACCUGAGGGUCUGAGAGGAGAGCCUGGACACCUUGGGGAGCCAGGAGAGGCGGGUCCUGAUGGACUGCCAGGAAAUAAAGGACCUCCAGGGUUACUGGGACCAGAGGGUGACAUGGGUGAGAUGGGACUUCAGGGUCCUAUCGGUCCUCCAGGACCUCAGGGACCAAAAGGUAGACCUGGGCUGGAGGGAAGGAACGGACAAAAAGGUCAAAAGGGAGAUGAUGGCAAAAGUGGACGUCCAGGGAAGGAUGGACGCACUGGGAAGAGGGGGAAAAGAGGGAAAGCUGGAAAUAGAGGCAUAAGAGGAAGGCAAGGAGGAAAGGGGAAGAUGGGAGAUUUGGGUAUGUUUGGUCCUCCAGGGAGACAUGGUACCUAUGGUAAAGUUGGCCCAUAUGGAGAAGACGGUGAAAUUGGUAGACCAGGUAUUAAGGGGGAACCUGGGGAUAUAGGACCACCUGGCUCGCCUGGUGGAGAAGGGUUAAAGGGAAUUCAAGGCUCUAUUGGAGCGCCAGGAAGAGUUGGUCAAAAGGGAGAGCAGGGGGAUAUCGGUCCACCAGGUAGACGAGGCGCUCCUGGCCUACCUGGGCUUCCUGGUUUGUUCGGACAGAAGGGCCUGAAAGGGUUUAGUGGACCACCAGGCCCUAUUGGAGAGAAAGGCUUAACUGGUCCACCUGGCCCACCUGGACCCCCAGGAACAUCCCUGCAUCCUACGUUGACACAGCUAAAGGAGCUCAUGGCCAUGUCAGAAAAGCCCAACUAUGUCCUGGUCCAGACGCUGUUAGACUCCCUUCAGAGAGAUCUUCAUUGGUUCAUUAACCCACCAGACGGCAGCAAACAACACCCUGCUACUACAUGUCUGGAGCUGUGGCUCGCUCACCCCAACUCCAUUAAUGGGAUGUAUUACAUUGAUCCUAACCAAGGUAGCCCGGCUGAUGCUUUUCAAGUGUACUGUGACUUCACGGCAGAGCCAAAGACCUGCCUGUCUCCACUCCAGCCUCAGGUUCCAGUAAAAGCUUGGCUGAAGGAUUCUGGCACUAAUAUGUCAUUUCACUGGUUGAGCACAGUUGAAGAUGGGUUCCAGUUUGAGUAUCCAGGAGGAACAGAUGUUGUGCAGAUGAGGUUUCUACGAAUGAACAGCAGAAUCUCCACCCAGACCAUCACUUACUACUGUGAGCCAGGAAAUAGACAGAGCCGCAGAGAGAGGGAAAUCAAGUUCCUGGCUGACACUAGGAGGCAGAGUUACCUGGGGGAAUUGCAAGACUGUGUACUGGAGUCAGGAGCCCAGAAAUCAGUUUUUCAAUUUGAAAGUGAAGACCUCCAACUGCUGCCUCUCAGGGACCUGGCAGUAUUUGGAAACAAAGAAGUAACCCAGGAGUUUGGCUUCACCAUAGGGCCUGCAUGCUUCAGCUAGAGACACCCCCUGUCUCUUAGCAUGAUUGCAUCUGUGUGGUGGCCCGCAAACCAUGUAUUUCUGGCACUUUUGUACUGUCUUUUAGAGCAUGACUGAAAACAUCAUUUUUGAGUUGGCAUUGCUUUCUAAUUCAGAGUCAUCCACCGUUUUUCAAGUGUGCCGACCAGCCAAUUCAUUUUGGAUGUCAACCGUGGGAAUUCUGGGUCAAAAAUCAAGCACAACCUGUUUCAGAACAACAAAACAGUGAGGACUAAAGACACAAAGUGAACUGAAGAUCCUCAGGGAUCAGAAAGGGUUUCUCUCCCUUUCUGAAAGUUUCCUCUGCACACUUUUUAGACCAGGGAUUUUUUUAACCUGAAAUUCUUGACAUUAACCAUAUUGUGUGUGUAUUUUGCUCAUUUAUGUAAAUGCUUGACAUUCAUUUAGUCAUUUUUAUUUUGAUUCAGGUACAUUUUGACUUGAUCAUUGUGUUCAAGUGACAUCAUAGGUGGUGCUGGAAGCUUGGAGACAUAGUGACAAGUCACUGGUCAUGCACCAAAGCUGAUAUGAUUGUUUCCUCUAUUUUGGAAUCUUCAGUUCUCUCUGCUCCUUCAAAGGUCAGAAAUGUUGACAUAGUUUGCAUUUGGUCAAAUUCACAUGUCAGAGUUUGCCAGAGUUAAACUCCAGUUUGCCAAUUCACUGAUUCCGGCAUUCGAUUUAGAAAAUAAUUUAUUCCACCCUUCAAAUACAUUUGAAAUAGAGUCAAUCAAAUAAAUCAGCCAGGCUGAUGCAGUGAUAGCUUUUUGCAUAAUCAGUGUCGAUUCAUGAGUAGCAGUAAGGUUAAGGCCAUUUAGAAACAGUGUUCCAUUACAUAGUUGACCACCAGAGAACAUAAAGAAGCUUUAAAAUGUCCCACUCAGCAUGUACUGUGGUCACUCCCUUUAAUAUUCAAAUAAAAGGGAUCCUCAUCAAAAAUAGUAUUGUUAAAAGGUCAACAUCAGCCAGUGUAUUGUUGUUGGAUUGUUGAAUCUCUCAAAUAUUUAAAUCCGUAUUGGCCUAAAAAUUCCAGAUUUGUUCAGGUUAAAACUUUGACAAAUCAAGUUAGCUGGAUGAGAAUUAAUGAAUCAUUUUAGCUGGCUCAGUUAAGCCAUGUUUGAAGAACAGGGCCCUGAAUGACAGUUCAUUUGCCUCUUUCAGUUCAUUUUCAAAGUGUUUGCAAAUCCUUACAUGAUGUCAUGUUUUCAAAUGCUUAAUUCAGUACUUACUUCAUGGUAAUGAAACUCAUGAAAAGACCCAAACCAACAACAUGUUAGUCUAUCUCUAAAUACUUUCCAACUUUCCUACUCUAUCUGUGGCUCUCAGCCCAAGUCCACUGGUUCCUACUCAAUAUGUAAAUCUUUAAAUACAGCUCACAAAUGUAUAGAUAUAGUUACAUUUUUGAAAAGGCUCAGUAAUUUCCUAAAAGAGCUGGACACUGCAGUUCUUUUUGAAGAUUAUUAUUUUUGCUUCAUUUUCAAUAGUGCCAGUGAAGAGAGAAAGGAAAGGUGGGGGGGGCCCUGAGCUAGAAUCAAACCAGGUGAGGUGCCAGGGCACCAGAUCUGCAGUUUUUAACACACCACCAGAAAAAAAUAAAAGAAGCUCAUUAUUAUGAUUUCAGACUUUCAGACUCGUCCCCCCUCACUGCCUGCAGCGGAGCUGCUAGCAGCUGCUGUUGCAAAGCUCCUGCAGCACAGUUGAGAAAAGACCUGCUGCUGGUAUGCUUUGUAUUUCUGGGACCAUUCUGUUGUUCAGUGGGGAUUUUGUCAGUCCUGAGGUUAACUGUCCAAAUUUACACCACAUUACCUCAUAUUUAGAUAUUUCUACAGACUACAGUGGAGAUUGACAGAAAAUAUUUAUUUCAAUAUCUCUCAUUCACAGUCCAUAUUUAUUUUCCUUUCACUGUUUUUUAUUUAAUGAAGUGAGUACAAGGGACUGUCAUUGUGCACAAUUCAUCAAUGAUGUUUCAGUCGUUAGACCAUAAUUUUUAUAAUAACUACUUUCACCAUUUACAGUAUAUGGAUCUCAUCAGGAACAGUCCACCAAUCAGAUGGUAGAUUGUGGACUCCUCUCAUGUGACAGUGUGCAGAGUUCUUUGGUUUCUUUUCAGUAACCCCUGUCAGUGAGAUUUGAUGGUGUGUAAGGAUGUAUUGUCAUUAUUGACAGAUAUCACCUAUUUGAAACUACAUGUGAAAUGUAACUGUUGUAAAUACAUCAUGCAGCUGUUGUAGAUAUUUUGAAGUAGUUGGUCAUUGCCUGUAUUAGCACUUCAGUCACCUCCAUCUUUUGUCAUGAGUUGUUCUGUUGAGUUUCUUUUUUUGUGUGUGUUCUUAAUUUAUGUUAAGUUGUUUUCAGGUUUCUUGUUUCAAUGUUUCUCAACAUUUCAGUGAUGCUGCACAGAAAGUAAAAAUGCAUUAAUUCGUUUGGCCACUUGGGGGCAGCAGAACAAGCUGAAAACACAACAAUAACAUAUACUGUAUAACCCCAUAAAUAUGUCAUAGGAAAGCAAACUGUUGCUUUUUGUAACAUUAGUAUUCAUUUGGAGUGGCAUUUGUGUCCACCUGAUGGAUGACAGCUCAAUAUUGACACUUCUGGCUCUGUAAAAUGUCUGUCUCUUAAGCUGCUAAUGCUCUAUUACGGUAGCAGCCAGUGUCUAAGUGUGUGUGUCUCCAGUUUGCUGCUGGACAGCACAGUGGGCUUCUCAGAGCUUUUUCGCUGAAAACAGCUGCCUUCUGCCUGAAAAUGGCCUUCAUGAGAGCAGAGUUGUAGGCCAGAAAAUCAAAACAAUGUGCUAAAAGAAGCUGAGGGGAACGGUAGUCUGAUGAAAAUUCUUUGUAGGUUUGUCAGUGAGGUAUCCAUUCAUUCAUCCACUGUACAUAUAAAAAUUAUCUUUUAGUGCAGCUUUAAACAGUACAUGAAGGGAUUUUACUGUUUUACUUGUACACAGUCCUGCAUGGCUCAGUAGGUAUUCUUCAGGGUUAGGAGGCAUAUUCCCCCCGAGCUUCCCAUGCUGAAACUGUACGUUACUGUAAGGUACAUUUGAUACUGUUUUGUAUGUUGCUUCAUCAAAAAUUAAAUUUAUUGAAUUGAAA